GGCCGGCAGCGCCCGGCCUUGGCCGGGUGGGUGAAAGGCCGGGCUUUGGGCCUGGCCCCUUCCUCUGCAGACCUCGGUUUUGGGGGUGCCGUGGCCCUCUAAAACCAGCUGCUUUCCUGAGGGAAUUACAGCUGGGGUGUGAGUUGCUCCUUUUAAUAUUAAAGGCCUGACGUGAAAUAGUGCAGUGUGUGGUCCUUCCUGCCACCCCCCCUAACACUGUGACCCAGAAAGCACCCGCUCAGAGUUGGGACCAUGGCUAUUGAUUGGAUUGGUUUUGCAUAUGCUGCAUUGCUGGCUGUUGGAGGUGUGGUAGGAUACACUCAUAAAGGUAGUAAAAUCUCUUUAGCUGCUGGUCUCACCUUUGGAUCUGUGUCUGGUUAUGGAGCUUACUGCGUAACACGUGAUCCAAGAAAUGUGAAGAUAUCAUUGUUUUCAGCUUUUCUUUUGACCAUUAUAAUGGGAAUGAGGUUCAAGAGGUCCAAGAAAUUAAUGCCAGCCGGACUAGUGGCAUGCCUGAGCCUUUUGAUGAUUUUGAGGCUUGUUUUUAUGCUGCUGUAGGAGAAUUUAGCAACUUCAGAACCGAAGUAUGACUGCUGCACUCACUGAACAAACAGGCAAGCUCUCUAUACUUGAAAGACAAGUUUGAACACAAGUCUCUACGUUGGAUUUAUCUUUUCUGUAAAAGAUCUGUACCUGUAAUUUGAUUAUUGACAUUUGCUGAUAUUUUGCAAGCUUUUUUAAAAAACUUAAAACAAAUGUUUUGUUGAGGAUAUAUUUUGAUCUACUUCCGUUUAAGCAGUUUGUUAAUUCAAGGGAUCUUUUUCCCUAAGUUUGAUCUCUUUCAGGGGUGCUGAGCGCCCCAAGAAAUUUAGUCUUGCACUGUAUCUCUGAAAGAAUAAUAUAUAUAUAAUACAUGUUUAUGCUAAAAAGGUACAUUGUAUUGAACCAUAAUUUUGUAGCUUCUGAGAUUAAAUAAUCAAUUCUAAUCGUAUUGUUGCUUACUAAUUAAUAAAGGCGUGGGCCUGUACUAUAUUGCACUAGAAAACCCACCUUUCUUUCAGAUACACGCAUGUUGUUGCGCUGGUUCUAAAUGUAAAAACCAUUAUCAGUGUUAAAAUAAAACAUAAAAUAUUCA